UAGUUGGUGCUGAGAUUAAAUUUGUGGGUUUGGUGAGGAAGGUAGUGCAAAAUGGCCUCCCAGGUUUGUCAAAACUAUCACCAGGAUUGUGAAGCUGCUGUCAACAAGCAGAUUAACCUGGAGCUCACUGCCUCCUAUCUCUAUCAGUCUUUGAUGUCGUACUUUGACCGGGAUGAUGUUGCCCUGCACCAUUUCUCCCAGUUCUUCAAAGCUCAGUCCCAGGAGAAGCAGGAACAUGCAGAGAAGCUGCUGAAAUUCCAGAAUCAGCGUGGAGGCAGAGUCGUCCUCCAGGAUGUGAAGAAGCCAGAGAGGGAUGAGUGGGGUAACGGGCUGCAGGCAAUGCAGGUUGCCCUGGAUCUGGAGAAGAAUGUGAACCAGAGUUUGCUGGAUCUACAUCAACUUGCCACUGCCCAGACUGACCCUCAUCUGUGUGACUUCCUGGAGACCCACUAUUUGGAUGAGGAGGUUGAGAUCAUCAAGCGACUUGGGGACUACAUCACCAACCUGAAGCGUCUGGGAGCUCCUGAGAAUGGGCUGGGAGAGUACCUGUUUGACAGGCUCUCGCUGGAGGACAGCAGUUAGUGGGGCAUGGGGUACUGUCUGCUCUUGUCUGAAUGCAUUACUGACUUCACUUGGACAAUCUGGCUUUCUUCCCCCAUACCACCUGAAUGGAAAUGAAU